AUGCAAGUACAUCAAUGGGUAAAGUCUUUACCAUCUCAAUCCAUUACAACAUGGAAUGAAUACAAGGGAGCUUUCUUGAACCAAUUCUACACUAAGCAAAGAUCCAACUCUAUAAGGAGCAAGAUUUCUGGUUUCAAGCAAGAUUCAAUGGAGUCAUUCUAUGAAGCUUUGGAGAGAUUCAAGGAGUACACAAGAAGCUGCCCUAACCAUGGCUUUUCAGAAGGUAACCUUUGGAACAUCUUUUACAAUGGGAUUGAUCAUAAAUACAAGCUUUCUCUCGAUACCGCGAGCAAUGGUAAUUUCAUGACCAAGUCGGUGCCGGAGGCAAAGCUUUUGAUUGAGAAUCUCGCUGCUAGUGAUGCCAAUGCAUGCCCUGACUACAAUAGAAGCGUGAAGACCACGAGCUCAUCAGAAUCAGCUCAAAUCUCGGAGCUAAGGAACAUGGUUUCACAACUACUUAAAAGCCGACAAGGAGUUCACGCCAUUGAAGAUGCCCUAGCCACAAAUGAAGACACUCUUAUGGAUUUCAUGAGAGAUGGCGCUGAAGAGAAUCUAGAGGAAGUCAACUACAUUGGAGGAAACUAUGGGAAUAGAGGAUUCAAUCCACCAUUUCGCGCGCAUCCAAACCUAUCAUACCGGAGCAACAAUGUGGAGAAUCCAAAUGACCAAGUCUACCCCAAUCAAGGAGCGUAUCAAGGAGGCCAAUACCAAUCCAAGCCACAACAAGUCUAUCCAAGAGGGAUGUACCAAGUGAAGCAACCAUUCACUUUUUCUCAAGAAACAAAUCCAACCCAAACCGGAGAGAAGGUUGACGUGGCGUUGAAGAAAUACAUGGAGGAGCAGAGAUUGAUCACCAAGAACCUAUAUGAGAAGCUUGAUCACAUGUUUGGUGAUCUAAGCAGCAAGUUUGGGUCUCUCUCUACUCACGUUCAAAAGCUUGAGGUGCAAAUCGCUCAAACAGCCGAGGCGGCCAAGAAACAAAAUGAGGUAAACACUCAAAAAUUUUGUAGUGUUGUCUCAUCUAUAGAUGGCACUAUUGUUCCUACACUAUCUCAAGGGGAAGAAGAAGAAAAUGAGCCUAAGGAGAGGCACAAACCGGAGAGAUACAGUUGGGAAUCAAGAAGAGCUUACAAGAGAAGACUUGAAGGCAAGCCACUACAAAAACAAGAAGAUCCGGGGAAGUUUGUGAUAACUUCAAGUAUCAAUGGCAUUCAACUCCACGAUUGCCUAUGUGAUACUGGUGCUAAUGUUAAUCUAAUGUCUCUUGCACUUGCAAAAGAUUUGGGAUUCAAGGAAUUCAAGAGCCCCAAGAUAAGAGUCGAGUUCGCGGAUCUAUCGUGCAUGGAACCUAUGGAAUGCUUGAAGAUGUCAUGA